ACGUGCGCCCAACCCUCUCCCCCGCCCCUCUCUCAGGCAGAGUGGUGUUUUUGUUGUUGGUGAAAGGUGAGGGGAACAGCUGAUCUUCUGGUGGGGACUGAGAUAUCUAAGAAGGCAUCAUGGAGGAGUCAUUGCUCAGCCGAACCCCACCCCGGGGUGGGGUCACUUUUCUGAAUGUGGCCAGGACCUAUAUCCCCAACACCAAGGUGGAAUGUCACUACACCCUACCCCCAGGCACUGUGACCAAUGCCAGCGACUGGAUUGGCAUCUUCAAGAAAGAGGCCUCCUCAGUCCGAGAUUAUCACACCUUUGUCUGGUGCGUGGUACCUGAAGGUGCAGCUGAGGGCUCUGCUGUUCACUCCAGUGUCCAGUUCCAAGCCAGCUACCUGCCCAAGCCAGGUGCCCAGCUCUACCAGUUCCGCUAUGUAAACCACCAAGGCCGAGUGUGUGGCCAGAGCUCCUCAUUCCAGUUUCGGGAACCAAGGCCCAUGGAUGAACUGGUGAUGCUGGAGGAACCCGAAAGCGGUUCUGAUAUCCUGCUUGUUGUCCCCAAGGCAACAGUGCUCCAGAACCAGCUAGAAGAAAGCCAGCAGGAACGGAAUGACCUGAUGAGACUGAAGUUGCAGUUGGAGGGGGAGGUGACGGAGCUGAAGAGCAGGGUGCGUGAGCUGGAGACCACACUGCAGGUCACCAAGGAGGAGCAGGCCAAGCUGAUAGAGCAGUACAAGGGGCUAUCACGUGCCCAUGGAGAGCUUAAAGAAGAGCGGGAUGUCCUGAGCAGACAACAGGGAGAUCAUGUGGCCCGGAUCCUGGAACUGGAGGAUGACAUCCAUACCAUCAGUGAGAAGGUGCUGGAGAAGGAGGUGGAGCUGGACAGGGUCAAGGACACAGUGAAGGCAUUGACUCAGGAGCAGGAGCAGCUUCUGGGGCAGCUGAAGGAAGAACAAGCAGACAAGGAGCAGAGCCAGGCCGAGCUGCAGGUCUCACAACUGGAGUGCUGUCGCCUGAGUGCAGACCUACAGAAGGCCAAAAGUCAUCAGGGGGAGCAGGCCUCUCAGCUCCAGAGACUGCAGGAGGAGGUCACCCGAAUCCAGAAUCUGCUGGAUGAGGCCCAGCGGCGGAUUGCUGAACUGGAGCCCCUGAAAGAGCAGCUUCGGGGGACCCAGGAGCUCGCAGUCUCGAGCCAGCAAAAGGCCACCCUGCUUGGGGAGGAGCUGGCCAGCACAGCAAGUGCCAGAGACCGAACCAUGGCCGACCUCCACAGGAGCCGGCUGGAGGUAGCCGAGGCCAACAACAGGCUGGUGGAGCUGAGCCUGCAGUGGAGAGAGGACAAGAGCUCCUGGAGCAAGGAACGCACAGGACUUCUGCAAAACGUAGAGGCGGAGAAGGAUAAGAUCCUGAAGCUGAGUGCAGAGGUCCUGAGACUGGAGAAGGCCGUGCAGGAGGAGAGGACCCAGAGACAAUGCCUCAAAGCUGACCUGGCUCGAGAGAAGGAUUCCAGCCUGGUACAGCUGUCGGAAAGCAAGAGGGAGCUAACGGAGCUUCGGUCGGCCCUUCGGGUGUUUCAGAAGGAAAAGGAGCAGCUGCAGGAGGAGAAGCAGGAACUACUCGAAUAUAUGAGGAAGCUGGAGGCCCGCUUGGAAAAAGUGGCCGAUGAGAAGUGGAGCGAGGAUGCAGCCACCGAGGAUGAUGAGGCGACUCCGGGGCUGAGCUGCCCUGCGGCAGUUCUGACAGACUCAGAGGAUGAAUCCCCAGAGGACAUGAGGCUUCCUUCCUAUGGGUUGUGUGAGCGAGGAGGCCCUGGCUCUAGUCCCUCUGGACCCCGAGACACCCCUGGCCACGUGGUCAUCAGCCAGCCAUCCCCUAUUGCUCCUCACGUGACAGGGCCCCACGAUGACAGUAGCUCUGACUCGGAGGCAGAAGAUGAAAAGGCAGUACUGAUGGCAGCAGUGCAGAACGGAGGGGAGGAGGCCAGUCUGCUGCUUCCCGAACUAGGCAGUGCCUUUUAUGACGUGGCCAGUGGCUUUGUUGGGGGCCCCCUUUCCGAGGCCAGCCCAGGGGGGCCUGCCGCCCCGCCUUGGAAGGAGUGUCCCAUAUGUAAGGAACAAUUUCCUGAGUGUGACAAGGAUGCCUUGGAGGAACACGUGGAUGGACACUUCUUCUUCAGCGCCCAGGAUCCUUUUGCCUUUGAGUGACAUACACACACACACACACACACACACACACACACACAUUUUUUGUGGCAGACUGAAUUUUAGACCGUCAAGACCCCUAAGAAGUCCUCACCCUACUCCAUUUCCACUUAGUUUGACCUUGAAUCCUCAAGGAUUCCUCCCCCAACCAAACAAGACACUACCCCCAACGGUUUGAAAGACAGACUGAGGCUCCAGGGAAGGUAUCCUGCUUGCUUUCCACUUGAGCCACCAGGCGCUCUGCCCUUGAAAGCGAAGAUUAUCCCUCCAAACAGCCUGGCUUCUGCUAUGUCAGUGUUCCACAGCCAACCCACGGAGCACAUCCUCCUCCCCGUUCAUUCCCAUUUGAGGUUUAUAUUUGUUUACCUGACUUCUUCUGUCUCUGGGUUUGCAUGGAGGCAGAGAAAUCAACCUAAUGACUUUUUAACGACCCUUCCAGCUCUAGGCUUCACUUUUUUCUGUUCCCUCACUCCCUUUCCCUAGCUUGCCCAUGUAAUUAGACAUUAAGUUUUGUGGCUUUUUGGGGGGGUUAAGAAGGCCUCCUACACCCAAUUUCAUCCCUUUCCUGGCAGUACCCUCCUACCCCACAUGGAAAGAAAAAUUCAUCUGUGCCUUUUGUGUUGGGGGAGGGGGGAGCGGCUGAAACCAAGUAUUUCCAUCUCCUGGACUGUCCUCAUCCCACUUGACAGCAAUAAGAUAUUCUUCCCUAAUACCCUCCCUGUCACUACCACAUGUCCUCCCUUCCCCCACCUCAAGUUGUGUAGCAUGGGCAGAGAUAUUUAUAUGACAUGUAUACUAUUCUAAUAAAAUGUGUUCUUACCACAA